UCAGCACAAUCGCUGUCGUCAUCGUCGUCUUCAGCUAGUCCCAGCCCAGCGCCUGCAAAGAGUCCGAGCCCUGCUAGUAAAAGCCCUAGUCCAGAAGAUUCAACUACCACGGAAAGCUCCAUAUUGGAACGAGCUGAAGAGCGUUCGCUUCCGACAUCGGUAGGCGGUGGACUCCACACAAAGUCGGAGCGACAGCCAAGCGGCUACCUCGCCGAAAGACUUGCAGCUGGUGCCGCUGUGGAACGACCUCAAAGUGUAGUUCAACCACAGAAAUCACAAGAAAUCUCAUCCCAAUCAAAGCAUAUUGCGUAUCCGGUGAGCCGUUCACGAAGGCUUAGAUUUUAUUCCCAUUUUCUUCGUAUUUUAUAA